AUAUUUACCUUGCAGUUAGUCACAAGUUUACGAGAUAGAUAAACAGUCGAUUAAAAAUGCACAGGAAUAGUGCUACAGAGAGGAAUGUACUUUGCUUUGUGAAAUAUUUGUAGUGAUAAGUGCUAAAAGGCUAGUCUAUACAGUAUACGGUACUUUUGUGACAAAUAUGACUAACCACCUUGAAGUUUAUCUGUUAUCAUAGCGAUAGCGGAUAGUCGCUGUUUCAUUUGGUUUGGCGGUGCUUUGUUUUGUUUUGUGGGAAAUAGGCGGGAAAACACGAUGGCCGUGGACAGGAUAAUUUGGAAGAUGAUCUUGGAUUUUGUUGUUUUGGCCUGUGUGGCGGCGCCCCUGCUGAUCCUGCUGCUGGUGGCGGAGCCCUACCACCGCGGGUACUUUGCCGACGACCAGACGCUCAUGCUGCCCUACAAGCACCAGACCAUAUCUGAAGUCCUGCUCGCGGGCUUGGGGUUCGCUUUUAUUAUUGUCACGGUUCUCCUCACCGAGUAUAUCCUAGACAAGAAGGGCCUGGGUGUUGGUGAGAAGUUCGUGUCGGGUUCCCUGGUGCCGGGCUGGCUGUGGGCGGGGUACUCCACCAUCGGCAUAUACACCUUCGGCGCCGCCUGCCAGCAGCUCACGUCCAACUCCGCUAAGUAUGUGAUUGGGAGACUGAGGCCGCAUUUCUUUGAUGUAUGCAACCCUAUCCCGAGCUCAUCAUCACAGAACGCCGGGGGCUACAUCCAGGACUUCACCUGCCAGGGUACUGACGCGGCGCGGCUCAAGGACAUGCGCCUGUCCUUCCCCAGCGCGCACUCCAGCUUCGCCAUGUACACCGCAGUCUUCUUCAUCUUGUACGUGCAAGUGAAAGGCAAAUGGCGCGGGUCGAAGCUGCUGCGUCACGCGGCGCAGUUCCUGGCGCUCAUGGGCGCCUGGUACGUCGGCCUGUCGCGCGUCGUCGACCACAUGCACCACUGGAGCGACGUGGCCGUGGGCUUCGCCGUAGGCGCGCUGUACGCCGUCGUCGUGUUCGUGUAUGUCCUGAAGCCUGCGAAAUUCGCCUCCACCGUUCGCUGGGAAAACCCAGCACCAGAGAUCCCCAGACCCGUCCUAUCUAGAUAAUGUUAUAUUAUAAUUUAUAAAUACAUACGGUGUAAUAAAACAAAGGAAGGAUUAAGGAUGGUUUGGGUCCCUUGUAUAGAGUUUACUGUCAAAGUAACUUGUAUGAGAAAAUUCGCAUUGGGACAUAUUAUGUGUUUACUGUUUACUUUAUAAUGUUAAUCGCAUGCUGUGAACAAUUGUAAUUAGUUAUUGCAUGUUGUGUGUAUUUUU